AUGAAUGCAAGGUUGCAAAAAUCUUCUCCCAUGGAAACCUUGUCAACUAAAGAAGAUUCUUCGUGUGAACUUCAAGUCGAAGAAUUUUGUGAUGUGAUUAAUGAAUCUCCGAUUAGUGAUGAUGUGGUUCUAGUUGAUCAUUUGAAUGAGUGUGACACCCCACCCUUGUUUGAUGAAUGUGGAAAUGAGUCUCUUGGCUUUAUCUUUGUGUCGAGUGAUGAGACUCCCGUUUGUGAUGGUGAUGUGUGUCAUGUGGAUAGUCAUGCAAAUGAAGAUAAUGUCUUAUUUGAUGAUAACAUGACUAAUGAGAGUGAAGUGCCUAGUGGAAUGUAUUGUAAUGUUGAAAAUGUAGCCACUUUUGGGGACUACAUGGUAUUUGAAAAUCCACUAUGGAAUGAUGACGCUCUUCCCUAUGAUAGAAAACUCCCCUUGGGAAAUGAUAAUACACUUGUGGGGAAGGAGUGUUUUGAAAGGAGAGGUGAUACUUGCUUGCAAAGUGUUAACUCUUCCUUGUGUGUUCCGAGUCUUAGUAGUAUGCUUGAUCAUGUACUUGAAUUUAAUAGUGAAGCUACAUGUACCAUGGCUACGGAGGAUGAAACACAAGUUCCCACCGGGGAACUUACACUAGUUGAUGUAAUGAGGGCCUUACAAGCCUUGAACGAUAAGGUUGGUAGUAUGGAUGGUCGAAUGGAAAACUUGGGAAGUAGGGUGGAAGCAAUUGAAGGAGGUAGUAGGGAGGUCUCGUAUUCGCCCCGAGUGCAAUACCAAGGGGGCACAAGUGGAGCUACUCGAAGCACUUCACUUACAUUGUCACCCGGCACCUUCCAUCAUCUAUAUAACCCCACUCCCCAAAACACCCCCCAAAACACUCCCCAAAACACAACUCUCACCCCACCAAACAACAUUCCCAUUGGCCAACGGAACAAUCCACCCCCACAAGAUCAAACUCCAAAUGACCCACAUCCAAAUGAUCCACCCCCAAAUGAUCCACACCUAAAUGCACCUAUGCCACCCCAACACCAUCCAAACAUCCAACAACCAAAUGAUGAUGAGAUAGAGGAAGCCAUACUCGAGCAUGAACGAUAUGGUGACCAAGGUUGGAGGCAACGAGGGCAAGCACAAGGAGGUUAUCGAGGGAGGGGUGGAAGGCAUGGUCCUAACCCUCACAUGGGUAGGCAAAGAGGGUACCAAGCUCGUGAAGGGUACCAAGGUCGUGACCAUCAAGGUUAUGAUGACGAUGGAGAUUUUCAUGGGAAUCACGGUUAUGGAGGAGGGCGAGACACGAGUCUCAAUUCUAUCAAGGUUACUCUCCCAAUCUUCAAAGGAGGAAGUGACCCCGAUGCAUUUCUUGAUUGGGUGAUGCAUUGUGAUAGAAUUUUCUUGACGAAUGACAUGUCCGAGGUGAAAAAGGCGUCUUAUGCCAUUGCUCAAUUCGAAGGGUAUGCCUCCACAUGGUGGGAAACUCAAGUGAAGGCUAGAAGAAUUAUUGGGCUUCCUCCCACACCUACUUGGGAUGAAUUGAAGGACGCCAUGCGGCGUAAGUAUGUCACCGAACGCUACAAGCAAGAACAACUCAAGAAGGUGUAUACUUUAAGGCAAAGCAAAAAGAGUGUGGAAGAAUACUAUGAUGAGUUCCAAAUUGUCAAGAUGAGAAUCGACUUUGACGAGGAUGAGCUAAAUGCUAUGACUCGGUUCCGAGCCGGGUUAAAUGAUGUGAGUUCAUGGAACAAUAACAAAGAACGAGGAGCUUCCUCCUCCAAUUGGCAAAAGAAUAAGGGUCCCAUACAAGAAGCCAAGAAACCAUUUGUGAAGAAUUCUCAAGUUGAGAAGCAAGUUGACAAACAACCUCCGAAGUUUGCUCCAAAAGAAGGAGGUACGAAAACUCCUAUUCAAUGCUUUAAAUGUCAUGGCUUUGGUCAUAGAGCAAGUGAAUGCCCUAAUCGUAGAGCGUUUAUUUUGAGAGACACUUAUAGUGAGGAUGAGGAAGAAUGUGAGGAAGGAGAUGACGAGGGCGAUCAUGAGAAUGAACUGAUGAUGAGCCUAUUGUACCUCUCUGUGGUGCGAAGAACCAUGAUAAGCAAAGCAAUGGAUGACCCAAGUCAACGGGAAAAUCUCUUCCAUUCCAAGUGCAUCAUUAACCAAAACACUAGCAUCAUGAUCAUUGAUAGUGGGAGUUGUGCCAAUGUUGCUAGUACCACCCUUGUUGAUUUCUUGAAACUUCCCACCACCCGCCAUGAAAACCCUUACAAACUUCAAUGGCUCAAUGAAUGUGGUGAAUUGAAGGUGACUAGGCAAGCUAUCAUCAAAUUCACGAUUGGGAAGUAUCACGAUGAGGUGUUAUGUGAUGUUGUUCCCAUGCAAGCGUGUCAUCUUCUACUUGGCCGACCAUGGCAAUAUGAUAGGUCCGACUUUGAUGAUGUAUUCCCAAGUGAGUUCCCAAAGGGUUACCACCCUAAGGGAAUUAAACACCAAAUUGAUUUUGUUUCGGGGUCCUAAUUGCGAAAUAAACCGGCUUAUAGAGCCAACCCGGAUGACACUAAGGAGCUUCAAAGGCAAAUAGAUGAACUCCUUGAAAAGGGAGUUGUGCGAGAAAGUAUGAGCCCAUGUGCCGUGCCCGUGAUUUUGGUGCCAAAAAAAGAUGGAUCAUGGCGCAUGUUUGUUUUCUUGGGAUUUGUUGUGAGCUCAAGGGGGGUUGAGGUUGAUGAAUCCAAAAUAGAAGCCAUAAGAAAUUGGCCCACUCCAAAAUCCAUUGGAGAUGUACGAAGCUUUCAUGGCUUGGCUAGUUUCUAUAGGCGUUUUGUUAAAGGAUUUAGUACCAUAGCCGCUCCUUUGACCGAGGUAAUCCGAAAGGACAAACCUUUUUCUUGGGGUACGGAGCAAGCUAAUGCCUUUGACACUUUAAAACAAAUGCUUAGCUCCGCACCAUUGUUGCAAUUACCCGACUUUGACAAAAUAUUUGAGAUUGAAUGUGAUGCAAGCAAAGUGGGUAUUGGAGCCGUUUUAAUGCAAGACCAAAAGCCCAUAGCCUAUUUUAGUGAAAAACUCAAGGGAGCGACUUUGAAUUAUACUACCUAUGAUCUUGAGUUGUAUGCCUUAAUUCGUGCUUUGGGAAAUUGGCAACACUACUUGUGGCCCAAAGAGUUUGUGAUUCGGACCGACCAUGAGUCCUUAAAGCAUCUUAAGGCCCAAGGUAAGUUGAACAAAAGGCAUGCCAAAUGGGUUGAAUUCCUUGAAUCCUUCCCUUAUGUAAUCCAAUACAAAAAGGGAAAGGAUAACGUAGUGGCGGAUGCCUUAUCAAGGAAACAUUUUGAUGGUUUCUUGUUCAAGAACAAGCGACUAUGUGUGCCCAUGAGCUCUUGGAGGGAGUUAUUUGUGAGGGAGGCACACAAUGGGGGAUUGAUGGGACACUUUGGGAUUGACAAGACAAUGGGGAUUCUUGAGGAGCAAUUUUAUUGGCCCCACAUGCGGCGGGAUGUGGCCCGAAUUUGUGGCCAAUGCCUUGAAUGCCGAAAAGCUAAAUCUAGGCUUCAACCCCAUGGCUUGUACACUCCCCUCCCCAUCCCUCAACAACCUUGGUUUGAUAUUUCAAUGGACUUUGUGAUGGGAUUGCCUAGGACAAAAAGGGGAAAAGAUAGCAUCUUUGUUGUUGUUGAUCGUUUUUCGAAAAUGGCCCAUUUCAUUGCUUGCCAUAAGGUUGAUGAUGCUCCCCAUAUUGCUUCCUUGUUUGUUGAAAAUGUGGUUAAAUUGCAUGGCAUUCCCAAGACAAUUGUGAGCGAUAGGGACCCCAAGUUCCUUAGCCACUUUUGGAAAGAAUUGUGGGGUAGGCUUGGAACGAAGUUGUUGUUUUCCACCUCUUGCCACCCACAAACCGAUGGCCAAACCGAAGUUGUCAAUAGGACUUUAGGUUCUAUGCUUCGGGCCAUGGUAAAAGGGAAGCUAGCCUCUUGGGAAGACCAAUUGCCUUUAGUAGAAUUUGCAUAUAAUAGAGUUAUUCAUAGCACUAUUGGCAUGUCACCCUUUGAGGUGUUGUAUGGUUUUAACCCCCUAACCCCCUUGGAUCUAACGCCUUUGUCUCAAGAUGUGGUAUUGAAUUGGGUGUGGGUGCACUUCCGAAAAGAAAGAUUUCCAAACAAGAGGAAGACAAAGUUGAUGCCGCGUGGGGAUGGUCCCUUUGAAGUCCUUGAGAGGCUUAAUGAUAAUGCCUACAAAAUUGAUCUCCUCCGGAAUAUCAAGUUCACAACACCUUCAACAUUUGUGACCUAUCUCCCAUGGAAAUGGAAAGCCUUCUUAUGGGGCUUUUGUGCCUCUCCAUGGGUCUCCAAUGCUCCUUUGGAUCCUCCUAUCUUGAAUGGAUUGGAGUCCCAUGGAAGGUCUUCAAUGUGA